UGCGGCCAAUAUCAGUUUCUAUACAAAAAUGAAUUGUGAACAGUUUUUGUAUCUGAUGUCCGCCCUUGCAUUGGCCUCCGGCGCGGAGGCCACAGACUCUGAAAUGUAUCCAAUAAUGGGCCUGCACGAGCAGCUCGGAGAAUUGCGCACUUACGCUAUUCAAUUUUUGGACGAACAACUCGACAAAUUGGCCAACAUAAGCGCCGGUGCAGUUAGCUACAAAGCCCUCAAUCUGAUCAGCGUGCGGAGCCAGGGAGUUGCGGCCAAGAAAUUAACCUACGAAACGGAACUGACAACUGGCUUUGAGACCAAAAAGUGCAAUGUGAGAAUCUGGCAUCAAUUCUGGCUGGUAGACAACACGGACAUCAAAAUCAGCUGCCAAGCCAUAAAAGCCGAUGACAAUACUCCGCUCGAGGGCAUGGACGAAGAAAUGGAGUACAUGCUGCGGGAGGAAGCUAUUGAACUAUUGAAGGAAAGCCUCUCUAUAAUGUCUCAAGAGCACGCAGCUAGCUACAAUCUCGCCAAAGUGAUUUCCGUCAAGAAACAAUAUGUCUCGGGUGCGGUCACAAUCUUUGUCGGGCAACUGACCGACGGUAAAACUAACAAACAAUGCGCUGUCACCACCUGGGAGGGUUAUCCCAGCAAUAUUAAAAUCAAAUGCGAAGGCGACGAUGCCGAGCUUAACUUCACUCUUUAAAAAAUAACAAUGUGCACAAUUUUUAAUAAAUUUUACUUUUUAUGAACAA